CCCUGAAGAAGGAAACAGAGACCUCAGAACAGCAUAUCUUUCCACAGUGUGCCACCUCAGUAUCAAAGGGCUCAGGGAAGCUGUGCAAGAAGGUCUAGAUGUCCCUUGUGAUCACUAAUAUUUGAGACCCAAACGUCUUCCCAUGGCUCCUUAUCACAUCCGCCAGUACCAGGAGAGAGACCACAAAAGGGUCCUGGAAUUGUUCUCUAGGGGCAUGAAGGAGCAUAUCCCUGCCAUCUUCCGCCGUAUGUUGACACUGCCCCGAACCCUCCUGCCCUUAUUUGGGGUGCUCGUAACCAUAGUCCUGGUGUCUGGCUCCUGGCUGCUGGCCGCAGUGUGCAGCUUCCUCGGGCUCCUUGGCCUGUGGCUCCUUGUCUGGUUUUUGUGCAGAAAGUAUGUGGCUACAUGUUUGCACACAGACCUGGCUGACAUCACCAAGUCCUACCUGAGUGCACGUGGCUCCUUCUGGGUGGCUGAGUCCGGUGGUCAGGUGGUGGGCAUAGUGGGUUGUCGGCCGGUCAAGGAUCCCCCGUUAGGGAGGAAGCAGCUGCAGCUCUUUCGCCUGUCUGUGUCCUCACAGCAUCGAGGACAGGGGAUAGCAAAAGCCCUGGUCAGAACUGUCCUCCAGUUUGCACGGGACCAGGGCUACAGUGACCUUGUCCUUGAGACCAGCAACGUGCAGUAUAGCGCAUUGGCUCUCUACCAGGCCAUGGGCUUCCAGAAGACAGAUGAGUACUUUACCAGUGUAACCAUGAGGUUAAUGACUCUCUCUGUCUUUCACUUCACUUACUUUCUCCCUUUUGCUUGGGAACCAGGGAUGUGAUCGUUUUGUCUGCUUGUCUCUGAGGCUCCAGUUCGCUCUGCUGUAGGAACAAGCAAACCCUGCUAGCUUACUGCGGCCAGUCACACGAGCUCAUUUUUCCUUCCUUUCAGAUCCAGCCUUGCUGGUGGUGAGGUGUGGGUGUUGGCCCUGGCCCCGUUCGGCCCUUUUAAGUCACUCUUUGAUUGUUCAAGCGUUGUGAUAGUUCAGCCUGUGCCGAUACUGCACACAUUUCAUGGAUGAGUCUAUUAGCUAUCAGUUUCAGCUAGGUGGUCUCAGAAGUUCCAGGAGCCCAGUCAAGAUGUAGGAUCUUUUCAGAGAGGCCAAAAUGAACACAGAAAGGAGCAAAGGUUUUCCUGGGACACCAAACUUGUCACUUAUGGAAAGAUCUAAGACGUGCAUAGAAAUGGAGCCUCCUCUGGUAGAGGCACAGCACAGUCAGGGGUCAGGGUGACCUGUCCCCUGUGAGAACCGGAGCAGUGAAGCAUUUAACUUACUCCUAAGCCACCUUUGUGCCAGGGGGUGAG